AUCAAAUAAUUUCAUGCCUUCAAAGGCUUUUUCUUCUCUCUUUUUCAUACACCCAAUUGAAAUACAUGGUUGUCUUUGAUCUCUUAUCUAUUAAAAUUCUAAUCUUUGUAUUAUACUUGAACUUAAUUGCCAUGGCAACCCCAAUAUUUUGCUUUUAAAGUUUUUUUUUCUCGGUUAUGCUUCUUCUUCUUCUUCUUCUUCUUUUUAAUUAAAGUUAUCAUAUGUUAUUAUGGCCUUUUGCAUGAUGGGGUUUCUACACACUUGCUUGGCCUGGGCAUCAACAAUUUAUUUAGGGACCUUUAUUUCAUGACGGAAUGAAAGAGUGGAGUUGCUGCAAGAAGAGAAGUCAUGAUUUUUCUUUAUUUUUAGAAAUUCCUGGAUGUAAAACAGGUAAACACACAACUGAGAAACCUGUGCUAACAAAGCCAGUGCGUAAACCAAAUAUUUCUAUUUCACCUUCUACUUCGUCACCAGCAAUCAAUGCAUCAGCCAAAGAAUCCUGCUCUAGAUGCCGGCAAGGGUUUUUCUGCUCAGAUCAUGGUUCACAGGCUAAAUACGUUAAACCAAAACCUACAGGCACAGAUUCCGUGGCAAAAAUCAAUACAGAUGCUCAGACUAUUCCUGCUCCUGCAAAGAAGGUUAUUGAUAUAAACGAACCCCAAAUCUGCAAAAACAAAGGAUGUGGUCAAACUUUCAAAGAGAAAGAUAAUCAUGAAACUGCAUGCAGUUACCAUCCAGGGCCUGCUAUUUUCCACGACCGAGUGAGAGGGUGGAAGUGCUGUGACAUUCAUGUCAAGGAAUUCGAUGAGUUCAUCACCAUUCCUCCAUGCACGAAGGGGUGGCACAAUGCUCAAGCGACAUAGUUACUAUGAUAACACAAUUUUUACGCAAAGGGCCGCUGAAUGCAUCUUCAACCAUUUAUCUUUUGCUGGACUGAUGCAACUCCUACUACAUUCUCUUUUGUACUUCUAUAUGGUUUCUAAAAAAAAAACAAAAAUUAUAUAUAUUUAUAAAUCUGUGAACUUUAUUUGUCUGCUAAUUAAUCAAUUAUUCAUUCGGGGAGAUUUGAAAACUUGGAAUGUUUAAGUUUUGAAUUGUAUUUGGCAAUGGUUCGCCGUUCUCUGAC